AUGGAGUCGCUCCUGCUGCCGGUGCUGCUGCUGUUGGCCGUACUGUGGACGCAGGCGGCUGCCCUCAUUAACCUCAAGUACUCGGUAGAAGAGGAGCAGCGCGCCGGGACCGUGAUCGCCAACGUGGCCAAGGACGCGCGCGAGGCGGGCUUCGCGCUGGACCCACGGCAAGCCUCUGCCUUCCGUGUAGUGUCCAACUCGGCUCCGCACCUAGUGGACAUCAACCCCAGCUCGGGCCUGCUGGUCACCAAGCAGAAGAUCGAUCGCGACCUGCUGUGCCGCCAGAGCCCCAAGUGCAUCAUCUCACUCGAGGUCAUGUCCAGCUCAAUGGAAAUCUGCGUGAUUAAGGUGGAAAUCAAGGACUUGAACGACAACGCGCCCAGCUUCCCAGCGGCACAGAUAGAAUUGGAGAUCUCGGAGGCGGCAAGCCCCGGCACACGCAUUCCGCUGGACAGUGCCUACGACCCGGACUCAGGCAGCUUUGGCGUGCAGACCUACGAGCUCACACCUAAUGAGCUGUUUGGCUUGGAAAUUAAGACCCGCGGCGACGGGUCACGCUUUGCCGAACUAGUGGUGGAGAAGAGCCUGGACCGUGAGACGCAGUCGCACUAUAGCUUUCGCAUCACUGCUCUCGACGGUGGUGAGCCGCCGCACCUGGGCACUGUUGGCCUCAGCAUCAAGGUGACCGACUCCAAUGACAACAACCCAGUGUUUGGCGAGUCCACCUAUUCGGUGAGCGUGCCAGAGAACUCACCUCCAAACACGCCCGUCAUCCGCCUCAACGCCAGCGACCCAGACGAAGGCACCAAUGGCCAGGUGGUCUAUUCCUUCUAUGGCUACGUUAAUGACCGCACACGUGAGCUUUUCCAAAUUGACCCUCACAGUGGCCUGGUCACGGUCACCGGUGCCCUAGACUACGAAGAGGGCCACGUGUACGAACUGGACGUUCAGGCCAAGGACCUGGGGCCCAACUCCAUUCCAGCACAUUGCAAGGUCACUGUCAGCGUUCUGGACACCAAUGACAACCCACCAGUCAUCAACCUGCUGUCGGUCAACAGCGAGCUGGUGGAGGUGAGCGAGAGCGCCCCCCCGGGCUACGUGAUUGCUCUGGUUCGGGUGUCUGAUCGCGAUUCCGGCCUCAAUGGGCGUGUGCAGUGCCGUUUGCUUGGCAACGUGCCCUUUCGGCUGCAGGAAUAUGAGAGCUUCUCCACUAUCUUGGUAGACGGGCGGCUGGACCGCGAGCAGCACGACCAGUAUAACCUCACCAUCCAGGCGCGCGACGGCGGCGUGCCCAUGCUUCAGAGUGCCAAGUCCUUCACUGUGCGCAUCACCGACGAGAACGACAACCACCCGCACUUCUCUAAGCCCUACUAUCAGGUCAUUGUGCAGGAAAACAACACGCCCGGCGCCUAUCUGCUCUCUGUGUCUGCCAGAGACCCCGACCUGGGUCUCAAUGGCAGUGUCUCCUACCAGAUAGUGCCGUCACAGGUGCGGGACAUGCCUGUCUUCACCUAUGUCUCCAUCAACCCCAACUCGGGUGACAUCUAUGCGCUGCGAUCCUUCAACCACGAGCAGACCAAGGCAUUCGAAUUCAAGGUGCUGGCCAAGGAUGGCGGCCUGCCCUCGUUGCAGAGUAAUGCUACGGUUCGGGUAAUCAUCCUUGACGUCAAUGACAAUACUCCAGUCAUCACAGCCCCACCACUGAUCAAUGGCACCGCCGAGGUCUACAUCCCCCGCAACUCCGGCAUAGGGUAUCUGGUAACAGUAGUCAAAGCAGACGACUACGACGAAGGAGAAAACGGCCGGGUCACUUACGACAUGACCGAGGGUGAUCGCGGCUUUUUUGAAAUAGACCAGGUCAAUGGCGAAGUCAGAACCACUCGCACCUUCGGCGAGAACUCCAAGGCUUCCUAUGAACUUAUUGUGGUGGCCCACGAUCACGGCAAGACGUCUCUGUCGGCCUCUGCGCUCGUCCUGAUCUACCUCUCCCCUGCUCUCGACGCCCAAGAGUCAAUGGGCUCGGUGAACUUGUCCCUGAUUUUCAUUAUCGCCUUGGGCUCCAUUGCCGGCAUCCUCUUUGUCACUAUGAUCUUCGUGGCAAUCAAGUGCAAGCGAGACAACAAAGAGAUCAGGACCUACAACUGCAGAAUCGCUGAGUACUCCUAUGGGCAUCAAAAGAAAUCAAGCAAGAAGAAAAAAAUCAGUAAGAAUGACAUCCGCCUGGUACCCCGGGAUGUGGAGGAGACAGACAAGAUGAACGUUGUCAGCUGCUCCUCCCUGACCUCGUCCCUCAACUAUUUCGACUACCACCAGCAGACGCUGCCCCUGGGUUGCCGCCGCUCUGAGAGCACUUUCCUGAAUGUGGAGAACCAGAAUACCCGCAAUACCAGCGCCAACCACAUCUACCAUCACUCUUUCAACAGCCAGGGGCCCCAGCAGCCAGACCUGAUCAUCAAUGGUGUGCCUCUGCCCGAGACUGAAAACUAUUCUUUUGACUCCAACUAUGUGAACAGCCGAGCCCAUUUAAUCAAAAGCAGCUCCACCUUCAAGGACUUAGAGGGCAACAGCCUGAAGGAUAGCGGACAUGAGGAGAGUGACCAGACUGACAGUGAGCAUGACAUCCAGCGGAGCCUCUAUUGUGAUACUGCUGUCAAUGAUGUGCUGAACACCAGUGUGACCUCUAUGGGAUCUCAGAUGCCUGAUCAUGAUCAAAACGAAGGAUUUCACUGCAGAGAAGAAUGCCGGAUUCUUGGCCACUCUGACAGAUGCUGGAUGCCCCGGAAUCCCAUGCCCACCCGCUCCAAGUCCCCUGAGCAUGUGAGGAACAUCAUCGCGCUGUCCAUUGAAGCUACUGCUGCAGAUGUUGAGGCUUAUGAUGACUGUGGCCCCACCAAGCGGACUUUCGCAACCUUUGGAAAAGAUGUCAGCGAUCACCCAGCUGAGGAGAGGCACACCCUGAAAGGCAGGAGGACUGUUGAUGUGACCAUCUGCAGCCCUAAGGUCAAUGGCGCUAUCCGGGAAGCGGGCAAUGGCUGUGAAGCUAUUAGCCCUGUCACCUCCCCCCUGCACCUCAAGAGCCCUCUGCCCACCAAGCCUUCUGUGUCUUACACCAUUUCCCUGGCACCGCCAGCCCGCGAUCUGGAGCAGUAUGUCAACAAUGGCCCUUCUCGUCCCUCUGAGGCUGAGCCCCGUGGAGCUGACAGUGAGAAAGUCAUGCAUGAGGUCAACCCCAUUCCGAAGGAGGUUCAUGACAAAGAGUCUCCUGGUGUGAAGCGUCUGAAGGAUAUAGUUCUCUAAACCAGUCUUGGAGAAGAAAGGAGAGAAAUCAUAAUGGCUAGUGAAGAAGCAGGAGCUGAUUGUUUUAAUUGCUCACCAAUAGUUGGUUCUUGAGUGGCUGUUAUUUCAGAGCUUUCUCUAAAUCUAUUGCUUACAAAUGACUAUCAUUUUGUGACAAUCCCUCUCAUUUCAACAGGCAGUGGGGGUGUUCAGUGGGAGCAAAUUAGCUUUGGCUUGAGUUGUUCAUGGGGCCUUGAUGUUGGGGAAACAGACAAAUUCAGUUGUGAAAAGUAUUAUGUACUAAGUAUUUGAAUUUAUAUAUUUUUCUAUGUCUAAAUUAUAAAUUACCAUUGUUUGUGGAGGAUCACAUUUAAAAAAAAAGCAAAAAAAAAAAAAAGCUCUGGACACCUUUAAUAAGCUCGCCACUGAUUUGUAGUGUAGGCAAGUUAAUGGUCAUUUAUUGUGUACUAUUCAUUGAUUCAGUGAUGUGAAAACAAGCCCUCAAAAGGUUGUUUCUGAAGCUUGAGUGCUUUCCAAUGCCGCUACUUUGCUGUGGAUACCCCUGCUUUAAGAAUCCUUUUGCUAGCUAUGCUAUUGUUGUAUUUGAUAUUGCAAAUUGCUAUGUGUAUGGUGAUGGCAAAGGCUUUUAGAGGUUGGUGUUUUUUUUUUUCUUAAAAAAAUAAAUAAAACUACAGACAAAAACAAAAGUGUAAACAACUGAGAUCGCAAAUAAAUGAGCAACACCACACAUAUAGAAUGAGUACGUGGAGGGUACUCACUCUUGGAAGAUACCUGUGUAGUGAUUGCUUACCACCUUGCAGAGUAUUUUGCCUGCCUUUCAGUCUUCUGCUCAGAUCUGUAAUAGAUCACUGCAGAAAGUUAUUUUUGGAUAUUCUGCUAUCUAAUUUGCAGUUGUCAGAAAUACUAUGCUGAAAGUUUUAUGAGAUCAAUUUUUCUAAUUUUCAGUAAAGUUGAACAAAAGUUGUUCUUGAAGUUAUCAGUUUCCAGGCUUAGAAAUUCCCUGUCUCCAAUCAUCUAAAACCCAAAAAGACUGAAUUUAUUUUGAGAUCUAAAUUAACAUCUUUUUAGACACACACUUCCUGAUUCUGUUUCCCAGUCACAAUUAGAAUUAUACUACAAAGCAUGUCAUGGAAUUGAGGACUUCAUGUUGCUCUGUAUCAUAGAAUUAUAACUGAGAUAGAGUAAGCAGUACAAAGUAUACAUUUAGGAAGAGACAGGUAACAGGUAACAACAUCACUAAUCUAAUUACUGUGCCUUCCCUAUGGAGACACUUGGACACUUGAACUCGUCUUUUUAUGACUAAUACUUUUAUAAAAUUAAAAAUAUGAACAGGAAAAUAUUAAAAAUUCUUUAGAUUUAGUUAACUGUUGUAGGCUAGGAAUACACCUUUUUUAUUAACAAGUUUGUUAUGCACAUUUUUUUGUUUAUCAUUUUUCCAACUCCCUCGUUUAUUAAUCGUCUAUUAAUAUUCAAUAGCCAACAUAGUAUUCUUGCAGCCUAAGAGUUUGUUAUUUAAAAGUAAACAAAUAUGUCAUUUUUGCUCUGCUUUGAUCUUAAAAGAGUUGUUUCUACAGAAACAAGUUUUGUGGUUCUGUUCUCAUUUGUUUCAUUUUUUGAAAUUCAAGAGUAUCUAGAAAAAAGGCUCAGAGGUUAGAGCACUAGAAUGCAGAAGAGAAUGUAUUUUCUUAAGUGUAGAUAGGUAAGUCAGCUCUUUUAAAUGUUUUAGUUAUUUUUGCCUGAGUUCCUGGCUUUAUACAUUACUAGGAAUAUUUUCUUUGAUGGGAGGAGGGAUAUAAGGGGGGGGGGGUAAGGCAGUAAGGAUGGGAUUAGGUAGGGGAGAAUAUUUCUGAAAAAGAACCUAUAAUGAAGCUACAAAUUUAUCUUUAUUUCUUAUUCAGUGCUGAAUACUACCUCAUGCAAAAUAUUGGUGUGGCUGCAAAUUUCCCUCUGAAACUGAAACAAUUAGAGAUCAAUAACCAUGACAUCUACAUUUUGGCUCAUUUCACUUUUUCUCAUGCACUCUUUUUUCCCCUUUGAUUCAUUUUUUUUAUUAGUAAAUUUUGAAUUAGGUAGAUAUUUCUGUUUGCAAGUUAUUAUUUGAUUAACACAUUAAAAUCAUUUUUUUUCAUUUAACUUUAUAAUGGCUGACCAUAGAAUUUAGAUUGUUCCUCAACUGAUCCAUCCUGAUAUUAUGUUGUAAGCUACCACCUCAAGAUCACUUGCAAGUCAAAUUUGAUUGUUUUUGUAAGGUGUAUUUCAUACAAUGCUCAGUGAGAAUGAAGAAGUUGAAAUGAUUGUGGCAAGUGGGAAUAUUAUGUGGCUGUUGAGCCAGAGAGGCCACUGGCUACUGUACUUCUUACCAGCUAAAUUUAAAAUGGUUAGAAUAGCUGUAGCAUUGAUUUUACUUUUCUCUUGUCUUUUCUUCCUCCAUUUGUUUUUCAGAAUUCAGUUUCUAGCUACAAACUUAUCUUAUUUUUUUUUUCCCUAUCAAAAUACUUUGUUCUUGGUGGGCAGACAGAGAUAUUUUUGGCUUCCAGACCCUUUAUUGAGCAUGUUCAGAGAAUUCCCCUCAUUAAGAAAAUAACUUUUUUUUCUCUAUAAUUGUCUAAUGUAUACAUUCUCCCAGAAGCACAAGUGCAUUCUAUGAGGGCUUUGUAAGCUGGUUUUAUAGAUAGGCUGUGCCUGCAAAUAGGAGGUGUGUGCAAGGAUCCUAAAUUUCCCUUUGGCUCGUAUGUUUCACUCUUUCUUUUUAACACGUCUGAUGAAAAGUCACAAAGGCUAGAGGGCCAAAUAUUCUUCCUUUUCCCUCUCUAAACAUGUUACUCAUUUAAAUAUGAGGGAGCAGUUUCAGUUCCAAAAUACCGGGGAGUUCUAUUCCAUUUAUUCUGCUGUCCCUUUUGGGGAGGAGUUGAUGUUGAAAUAUGACUUGCUUUGCUAACAACCACUUCGGGCACAUCCCUAGGCAAGUAAACUUCAUGA